CCGCCGCCAUGUGGAGUUGCGGGCCACUCAACGGCACGGGUGGCACUGAGGACCACAGCCUCUGCCAGCACUUCCACCUGGUCCUGUCCCUCUUCUCUCUGCUCUACCUGGUCAUCGGCGUCCCCAUCGGCCUGGGCUACAAUGCCCUGCUCAUCCUGGUCAACCUGUAUGACCAGAGCAGCAUGACCAUGCCCGAUGUCUACUUCGUGAACAUGGCCGUGGCAGGCCUGGUGCUCAGCGCCCUGGCACCCGUGCACCUGCUGGGCCCCACGGCCUCUGGCUGGGCCCUGUGGGGCUUCAGCAGCGAGGCUCACAUCACACUGCUGGUGCUGUUCAACGUCUCCUCCCUGGUGACCAUGUACUCCACAGCCCUGCUCAGCCUCGACUACUACAUCGAGCGGGCCCUGCCCCGCACCUACAUGUCCAGUGUCUACAACACCAGGCACGUGUGUGGCUUUGUCUGGGGUGGGGCCCUGCUCACCAGCUUCUCCUCCCUGCUCUUCUACAUCUGCAGCCACGUGGCGGCCAGGAUCGUCGAGUGCUCCAAGAUGCAGGACACAGAGGCUGCUGAUGCCAUCAUGGUGUUCAUUGGGUUUCUGGUCCCCACCCUGGCCGUCCUCUAUGCGCUGGCGCUCAUUGCAAGGCUCCGCAAGGAAGACACGCCCCUUGACCAGGACACGGGGAGGCUGGAGCCCUCGGUGCACAGGCUUCUGGUGGCCACUGUGUGCACGCAGUUUGGGCUCUGGACACCUCACUACCUGACCCUCCUGGGGCACACGUUGCUAGCCUUGCGGGGGAAGCCCGUGGACGGGCACCACUUGGGGAUUCUGCUCUUUGUGAAGGACCUGUCGAGAUUCCUGGCCUUCUCCAGCAGCUCCGUGAUGCCGCUCCUCUACCGUUACAUCAACAGGAGCUUCCCUGGCAAACUCCGGCGGCUCAUCAAGAAAAUGCACUGUGGGCAUCAGAGCUGCUCCCCAGACCAGGUGGGGGUCCAGCAGGUGAUGGCAUAGACAGCCAGUCCCGGGGCCGCCACCAGCACUCACUGCGGGGUCACCUGGCAGCUGGCCGAGGGUGCAUGCCCUCGACGCACGACCCACCCCCCUUCUCGGGAGACAGGUGACUGACACUGGAGCUGGGUGCCCAGCACCGUGUCGCUGUCUUCCCCAGGGGGUCAAUGCGGCAAGAACAAAGGACAGCACUGGAUGUGUUUUCACCAAGUCUGCUGUUGUUCCACAAAGGCCUCUCUUACACCAAGGCCACGUUGUUCAAGGCAGCAGGGGCCUGGUGUGAAGGGAAGCUGCCUCAGCCCACCUGCUUCUGCCCAAGGCCUGAGCACUGCUCCAUCCCCGGGGCCACGCCCUCAGCUUCCUCCACACAGGUCCCAGAACGACGUGAUGAUAGUCAAAAGCCAGUAUUUAUACUCUGUCUUGCUACAAUCCUUGAUUCCCUCUUUUACUUUAUUUCUGUCCACAGAAAGAUUUGACAGAAAAGUUGCAACAGUAUGAGA